UUCGAAAUAUUUCGAACGACUUGGUAAAUUCCAUUCCCUGUUUCGUUCGAGGUGUUUUCAAAUUCGAAUACCUUUCGUUCGGACUGUUUUGUUUUCGAACAUCUUUCAUUCGAAUCAAACCAAACGUCAAACCCACUUUGUUUAUGAAGGAGUGAAUAAUUUCCGCAGCGGAUGAGCGGUGAACUGCAAAAAUGGAAAAAAACAAAAACAAAACAACCACUAAAAAUCAGUUCGAGCGGAUUGUGCUGCUUCUGGAGCAAGAACCGGACAUAGCAAAGGGUUUCUCCCGAGGAAAUUCCGGACCCUUCUGGGAUGAUCUGGCGGCAGAAGUCAAUAGUUUGGGACCGCCUAUUCGCGAUGGAAGUGGAUGGAAAAAGGUUUGGGCGGACUAUAAGUCCGGAUUAAAGCGAAAACUCGCUCACAACAAACGGGAGCAGAGGGCGACAGGUGGAGGACCCAAUAAAAUUAUCAAUUUGUCCGAGCUGGAGGAGCAGGCAGUUCUACUAACUGGGUUACUUGCGACCGUGGAAGGAAUCCCGGGUACCUCAUCUCAUGGAACACAGUUGGGUUCGCCUUCGGGUGAACCUCAAGCUGCAGACCAGGAAAAUUUUAUAUAUUAUGGUACUUCCGACGACGGUAUCAAUAAUACCAUUCACUUCCAGCCCUCUCAGCCGAAAAAAUCCAGACCUUCUACCACGAGGCUAUUAGAGCUGCAAGUCGAGCAACAAAACAAAUUUCACACCAAUGUGAAAUCCCUGUUAAAAAACACAAACAAGAAUUUGAGUGAUCUGGUUCAUUAUCAGCGCCAAUCAGCUCGAGCGAUUCUUUCCGUGGAUGCCACACUCAAAGAACAUCUGAGUGAACAAAAACGACAUAACCACGAGAUGGAGAAGAUCGCGCUGGAGAAAUCAAUAGUCAAGCGACAAAUCCUUGAAACGCAGAUUGCGUAUAUUUCAGAACAUUAG